AUGCAUCAAUCAAUCAUCUCACUCUUCGCAUUCGUUUCCACCGCAGUCGCUUCUCAAUACAGUGUCGUCGUUGGCGGUAGCGGACUUAUUUUCGUUCCAAAUGCCUUGACUAUUCAAGUUGGCGAUACUGUUAAAUUCCAAUUCUUCGGAAAACACAGUGUCGCACAAAGUACCUAUAACAACCCAUGUGUUCCCUCCGAUCAUGCACCUAUUUUCUCUGGUGUCAUCUCUGGUCCUGAUCCUUCAAGCAAAGCCGAUACUCCAACCUUCAUCAUGGAUACCCACGUCAACGGUACUUUAUGGCUUUACAGCUCCGUAGCCGAUGAAUGUCAAAAGGGAAUGUCAAUGGAAAUCGUAGUUGGCAAUAACCCCAACCCCGAUCAAACUCUCGACAAAUACCAAGCUGCUGCCGCCAAAGUCGCUUCUAGCGUUGCUCCUGAUACCGUUGAAGGUGGAACCGUCGGUCCACAAAGCGGUCCAACUGAUGGUAAUUCUUCCGCCUCUGGAUCAGCUGCCUCAUCAACUGGUACCGCUGCCGUUGUUUCUGGAAGCACAACUGCUACUACAACUGCUUUAUCCACCACCUUUACAAGCAAGGCAUCUACAGUAACUGCCACCCGAUCCAGCGGAAGCGAUUCUGCUUCGGCCUCUGGGACUGCGGCUCCUGUAGUCGCAACUGGUGCAGCAGGUAAACAGGCUCAUGUUCCAGUUGCCCUUGGUUUCGCGGGUAUUAUUGGUGGGUUGGCUGCUUGGAUUUAA